AUGACAUCAAUAGAAAAAUAGCCAUAUUAUUAAGAUCCAAGUUUUUAAUUCUUUGUUAAGAAAGGUUUAAUAAAAUAGAACAAGAAAGGAUAAGUUUUUCCAAUUUUCACAUAUCGUGUUAAUAGUUAACCAUCUCAAUCAAAAUAUAUUGAACUUAGAGUAUUUCCUUCCAAAAUAGUAAAGAGAUCAAAUAUCUAACAAAAUAGUCCAUCUCCUUUUGUCAUUACAAAUAUACCAAAAAAAAAUACACUUUAUCAAACAUAUAUAGACAAUAUAAUAUAGAAAAAAACUAAGGAUAAAUCAGAAAGUCGUAAGAGAUACUCUAAUUCUAUUGAUGAGAUAAAGGGGAAACAAAUUGAAACUGUUAAAGAUUGUUUCCUUCCAAAACUUCAUUGUCUUAAUAAUAAACCAUAAAGGUUAUAGUAUCGUCAUUCAUUGCCAAAAUAAGAUAUCUAUACAGAACCUAAUUUUGAGCCAAAUCCUUCAGAUAGAUUGUAACCAUGGGAUUCAAGUUAAAAGUCAUUUACUCUCUAAUGA